CCUCACCUCAACACUUUUGUCACCCAACAUGUCUCUGGGACCGUACUUAGAUCGACUCCCCGACGAACUCAUUCUGGAAAUCCUGGAACUUCUCUCUCUAUGUGAGGAUCACUUAUGCUGCCGAAAUGGGGUUUACUGUUACCUCGAUCUUACCCUUACAUGCCGUCGAUUCUACCGCUUCGCUACUCCUUUCCUCUACAAGGAGUACGAUUGUCCGUUCCGAGGAGACCCUGAAUACUUUCUGAGAACAUUGGUUGAAAACCCAACCCUAGGGGAGUAUGUGAAGAAGAUGGAGUGGCAAUGCGACGGCUGGCUGCACCGUCUUCAUGACACAGCCGACCGUCGGAUCAUCUCUCAGAAAUUCUUACAGAUGGGCACGCCGUCUGCCAUGGAUUUUGCCGCGAACUUUGAGACUUUACCGUUCGAGGACAAUGGGCGCGUGGAUUUCGAUAAUGUAUUGUACCGAGACGACCCAGUCAUUGAGGCAAUUUUAAUGUUUACCCCUAACAUCGAGGAUCUGGUGGUUUGGGGCAAAUACCAGCCAGAGAAACAAAAGCGACCCUGGACUGCGUCUAUGAAGCUUGGCUUUCCACAUAGCUUUCAACACCUUAAGUCAGUGUAUGUCCAUAUCGCUUGCAUGCGACUGGAGGGCGCGUCCACCUUCCUCUUCCUCCCAUCGAUAAAGAAAUUAGAGCUUAUGGAGUUGACGGAGAACGGAACGGCCCGCAAGUGGGAUAUGCCAACCAGCUCUUAUUACACAUCUCUGCCGUUCGGAUCCUCGACUGUCGAACAUUUUCGUGUUGGAAAUUCCCUUGUUGAGUCAAAGGUCCUAGCAGCCCUCAUCCGAGUACCACGGGCCUUGAAAUACUUCGAAUACGGCCAAGGUCACUGGUGGGAAGCUGCUAAGAUAGAUUACGCAUUGUUAACAUCCUCUUUACGUCACCACCGUCAAUCGCUAGAAGAGCUUUGGCUUUCACACAACUGGAGUGAUCCCGGUCCGUGUCGUGUGCUCGAAUCUCUGGUGGACUUCACUAAUUUGAAAAUCCUCCACAUACCGUUGACCGCUCUCGUUCCUACCAAGGCCUUUUUAAAGGAUCUGGACAUAACACCAGCAGUGCUGGAUCUUUUACCCUCCGGUCUAGAAGAAUUGCAACUCACUGUUCAACUCCAUGAUUGUCGAUUCGACGCAGACUUCACGCACGCCCUUGAAGUUAUAGCACAACACGCAAACGAGAAAGUUCCCCAGCUUAAGAAGGUCGUCGUUGGAAAAGCAAUACUUCAUAAAGAUUCUGAACCAGGUUGGGAGAGCCUUCACCGGGAUUUUGCCUUGGCCGGCAUCGAGUUUUCUGCUCCUGACAAGAGAGAAUUAACGAUUAUUGAGAGCCGUCCAACUGGUAAUAGUGAUGGGGACGAUGACAAUAGUGAUGAGGAGGACAUUGAACAAGACGUUCAAGACAUAGACUCGGACUCUUUAUGGGGAUUGAUGCCUUUUGCUGGGGACGACGAGAUGGCAAACCCGGCUACUCUAUGGGGCAUUUUGGAAUCUUAGUCAUCAGUUUUC